GUCUUUUGGCCUUUCCUUCAGUGCCUCUAGACAUGUUGUCCAAGAACUCUACUUUGAAGAGAGACUAGAGAACAUUCAGAGACCAGAGAGAGGCAGAAGGAAGCUGCUGUUCAAUCUCAUGGCUGCUAUGGAGCCAUCAUCCCAGCCAACGCUCCUCACUAAGAAACAAGUGAAGAAGGAAAUGGGGAGGCUGAACAGGGAGCUGCAGCUGGUGACCAGCCAAAGGAAUGCUUUGCGAGAUCGCCUUCUCUCCAUCACUGAGGGAAAUGUGGAAAAUAGGCCCUAUCACAGGCCAAAUCCUUCCUAUGAGAAGCUGAAGAUGGAGCAUAAGGAGGUCAUGGCAGAACUACAGAGCUUACAGAAUAAGAACACUGAGGCUUCAGGGAAGUUAGAUGACCUUGUCAAGGAGACGGGCUUCUAUCGCGGUCUGCACAGCCGGCUCCUGAUGGAACAAACUAAGCUGAAGAAGAAAGUAGACGUUUUGAGGCAGGAGAACAAGAAACGGAUGGAGGAUUGGUUCCUGCUGAAGCACCACUUGAGGGAAUGGAAAUCGAUCUGUAAGAACCAAGACGAAAAGACCAGUGACCUACAGACCCAGCAAAAGGAGUUCCAAAGACUGAAGGAAAGACUGCAGUUCCUGCUGAAGCAGAGGGAGAUGCUUUCCCGGGAAAAGGACUUGGCAGAAAAGCUGCACCAUCACUUUGAGGUCUACCAGAUGAGGUCAGAAAAACUCCGAUGUGACCUGGAACAGGCCACAGUCCAGGAUGAGAGCCUCCUUCAGAAGGAGCUGCUAACCCAGGAACUACCUGCUGAUCUUGAUCCUGAACAAAUACUGAAUUCUGGAGAUGCCUUUUCUUCCUCAGCUUUUAUUUCCUAUGUGUGAAUAGGCCCCAAUUAAGCCAAGCCAGUAACCCAGCAGGGCUGCUCCUGGGUCCCUAUUCCCUUUCCUUCCUGACAACACCCCUGAGAACCUGAGAACACCAUAGGAGCCACAGACACCUUGAAAGCAUGACAUCCUUCACCCUAGGAUCAAGGCCUUCCUUAGAAAAUGACACCCCUUGUAUCUCUGAACUCACCACAAGGCAAAUACCAACUGACCUCCAGGUGACCCAUGCCAAAAUGGUCCAUGUGUCUGAUGGCUCAGAGAUCAUGAAGAAAAGAAACCAUCAAAAAGAACACUGAGACACAGAAACCCAGAGACAAAAAAUACUCUGAACUCUGACAUCCACUUCAAGUGGCCCUAGUGAGGGACACAACAACAUGGAGGGAAGAGAUGGUGCUGACAAGACUUACUCUGUCAUUUUGCUGUGGAGGACUUUGGCAAGCUCACUGAGUCCUCAGCCCUCCAUUUAUGGUGGAAAAUCUGUCCUGGAAGACUUCAUGGAUGCCAGGCUGUUAUCCAGACAGACAACACCCAAAAGCACUGGAUUCUCCCUGCAGUGGAGUCUAAAGCUGACUGACUCCCUGACAGACAGAAACAUUGCUGAGGACAAACCCUACAGAAAUGACAACAGUGCCUCUUUUCAUGUGUUAGUUUGUUCCAUACCUGACCUUGCUGAGAACAUGACAUAUAAAUCCACAAAGAGGCCUGACUCUACUCAUCUUGAAACGGCUGUUAGAAUCAUGACUGCCUGGCAACCUUAUGUCUAAGAACAGGCACAGGCUGUAGGUCUGUGAUCCUCAAUCUGCAGUGAGCAAAUGCUGCUUAGCUUAGCUGUUAGUUUGAUUUUUGAUUUUGGUUUUUUUUAUUGUUUGGUUUGUUUUAUUAUUUUCAUGUUAUUUGUUCUUGUUAUUGUUCUCAUAAUUUGCUAAGGCUAUUCACUGUUUAUAUUGACUUCCCUUUUAAAGCCCCUUUCCAGAUAAUGAAUUUUUUAUUAAUUAAAAAAAGCAAUUUCCAACUGUU